AUGGUAGAUCCUAAUCAUAACGCUAUUAGAAAUGAUCGUAAGAUAAACUUUAUCUGUGAAAAGAAGCAUAGAGAAAUGAGAGGAUUAACAUCUGCAGGUAGAAGAUCAAGGGGUCUUGGUAAAGGCAUUGGAUAUGGGCACGUUAAAGGAGGAUCUCAACGUGCUGCCUGGAGAAGAAAUAAUACUCUUUUGUUAAAGAAAUUUAGGUAA